AGGAGCACAAUAUAGCAGUGGACGAGCUUUCCAACCUAAAUAAGAACAGGAAAGUUUACGUCCAGCAGAGGAACAGCAACAUUUUCUUUUUGAGCGACAGAGGACGCGCGCUGAGUUCAUGUCAGAAAGAAUUGGAUGAUCUGAAGAAGGAGCUGCAGGACCUGUGACGUCAUGUGUGGAAUCUUCUGUUGUCUGAGGGUGUCGGCCGCUCGGUCUGAGCAGAACAAGGUGGUGCAGCAACACCUCAGCAGACGAGGACCAGACCACAGCGGCGAACUGAUCGUCAAUGGUGCCUGUUAUGAGUGUUUGUUCUCGGCUCAUGUUCUCCACAUGAGAGGAACUCUGACACCUCAGCCGCUUCAAGAUCCAGCUGGAAACAUCCUGCUCUGGAAUGGAGAGGUUUUCGGGGGUUUGGAGGUCAAACCAUCAGAGAACGACACCUCUGCAGUUCAGGACAGACUGUCAUCCUGCAGCUGCCCCGGAGAUGUGCUCUCAGUCCUCUCUGAGAUCCGUGGGCCCUGGGGCUUCAUCUACUACCAGAGAGCUGAACACUUCCUCUGGUUUGGAAGAGAUUACUUUGGCAGGAGGAGCUUACUGUGGACAUUUGACACAGGAUGCAUCACGUUGUCCUCUGUGGCGGCCCAAACUUCAGAACCAGCUUGGCAAGAAGUCCCAACUGUGGGUGUGUACAAGAUUGACCUGCAGAGGGUUACAGAAUCUGGCACGGUGACAGUCGAGCUCUACCCCUGGUCACCUGCAGGGGGCGACCAUCCGCUCUCAGUGUUUCAGUCUGCAUCUGCGUGCUGCACCGUUUCCUUGAAUCAAGAUGACCUCGUUCUGAAGUCCCCCAUCUGUCCUUUAAAUACCUCCAUCCCAAACUUGUCGACGGCUGUGAAAUCUGACUGUGAUACCAACAUGGGAGAGCUGCAGCUGCUUUUGUCAAAACAAGAAAUAAAUGAAGAUGUGGACGCUCUCCUCAACGUUCUCAGUGAGGCUGUGAGAAGACGUGUUCAGUCUUUGCCCAUCCACAAAGAGUCCCAAACCAAUGACCAGGCUGUUGUCGCUAUACUUUUCUCCGGCGGGAUUGAUUCUAUGAUGCUGGCGGCUCUGGCGGACCGCCACGUUCCCGCACAUCAACCCAUUGACCUCCUCAACGUGGCAUUCAGACUGCAGGAGCCAAAGAAGCCAAAGGUGUCCGCAAAUAAAGCCAACAAACCUACGGGUGCGAAUGCAACGCCCUCCCCCUUUGAUGUUCCAGACAGAAUCACGGGUCGAUGUGGCCUCCAGGAAUUACAAGAUCUAAAUCCGGGCAGGCGAUGGAACUUUGUGGAAAUCAAUGUGACGCAGGAGCAGCUGCAGACGAUGAGGCAGGAUCGCAUCUGUCACCUGGUGUACCCGCUGGACACGGUGCUGGACGACAGCAUCGGGUGUGCAGUGUGGUUUGCAGCCAGAGGGGUGGGUCUGCUCACCCAGCACGGUCACCAGAAGAGCUUCUCAUCGUCUGCAAAGGUCAUCUUGACUGGCAUAGGCGCGGACGAACAGCUGGCCGGUUACUCUAGACACAGAGUCCGAUUCAAAACAUCUGGAUAUGAAGGACUGAUCCAAGAACUGUCCAUGGAACUGGGCCGGAUCUCCUCCAGAAACCUGGGCAGGGAUGACCGAGUCAUUGCUGACCACGGCAAGGAAGCUCGGUUUCCCUUCCUGGAUGAGGACGUGGUCAGCUACUUGAAUGCCUUGCCAGUGUGGGAGAAGGCGGAUCUGACUCUACCUCGAGGAGUUGGGGAGAAACUACUCCUGCGUUUAGCUGCCAAGCGUCUCGGCCUGACCCACUCGGCCGUCCUGCCCAAGAGAGCCAUGCAGUUCGGCUCCCGCAUCGCCAAGAUGGAGAACGGCCGCGAGAAGGCCACGGACAAGUGCACGCGGCUGCUCACUGGUUAACUGGUGCAACUUUUUUAAAGAUUAAAUCAUGAUUUCAAAGAACAGCAUUGCAAAAUAAAGAUUACAGGCUCACACCAUGUAUGACUGCACGUCUUGUAGUUUGUCUCUGAAGUAAAGGUCACACUCCAGAUACGAGGACAAAUUUCCAACAUCAAAACGCCCGGAGAUGUGAUAAGCGAAAACUGGUGCCCUGUGGACGACAGCAAAACCAGUUCAAACCACAUUGUUAAAUACUUCCUGCGGCUGGAUAACGGUGGAAGGAGCUACCGAGGAA